AUGUCCCUGCCUACGAUAUCGCAAAAUGACCUGCUCAAACGCUUUGAAACGUUUCUUUUCGACGCCGACGGUGUCUUAUGGAUGGGCGAUGUUCCAAUACCAGGAGCCGUUGACUUCGUUUCGACGCUUCAAGACGCAGGCAAGCGUAUCUUCAUCAUAAGUAACAAUCCGACUAAGACGAUGGAUCAGUACAUGUCCAAGAUUUCAAAGAUGGGAUUUCGAGGCUUCACUGAGGAAAAUGUAAUAAAUCCUGGCGUCGUGAUGGCCACGUAUUUCCGUGAUCGACCGGAUUAUGCAGGACAACCCGUGUAUCUGUUGGGUACGGAAACUCUGAAAACGACACUGGAAAGCAUCGGAAGAGUGCAGUGUUUUGGCACUGGGACAGAUCAUUUCAGAGAUCAUUCAGAUAGCGAUUUCAUAUACAACAUGGAUUUCACGCCGAAUCCGAAAGCGGUUGUAUGCAGCUACGAUCCACAUCUUAGCUAUCCUAAAAUCAUGAAAGCAGUAAAUUUUUUGCAACAAAAUGAAGUCGAGUUCCUGGUGACUGAUGAAGAUUAUACGUUUCCUGGACCGUACCCAGGUGUUGUGCUUCCCGGGUCAGGCGCUACUUCAUCUUGCAUACGUGCAGUAUCUGGUCGUACUCCACUGGUUUUCGGCAAGCCACACAAGCCAAUAGCUGACUUCUUGACUGAAAGGGGCCACAUUGACCCGACGAAAACGGUGAUGUUCGGCGAUCGACUGGACACGGACAUUCAGUUUGCGAACGAGAACGGUUUCACAAGCUGUCUGAUGCUAACUGGUGUGCACUUCAACUGGACGAUGUGCUUGAGGCGGAACGACGAGGAGAGAAGAAUCUCGUCCCAAAUCACGUCUUUUCAUUUAUUUCGUGAUAAAUGCUUGCAUGCAAUCUCUUUGCGACGAUAG